AUGGGUGGAUCUAACUCUAAGAAAGAAUUUACGAAGGGACAAAUUCUGAUCAAACUUGAUUCAAACCACGUCAUCACUGGACAACCAAUUACAGGCCAAAUUACUUACCGUUUAGACGAGGAAUACCCAACAGAUAGUCUAACUCUAGAAUUAAUAGGCAAGGAAAAGUUUGUAUCCAAUACUUCAAUAAAAGCAAAUGAGCCGGGUACUUAGAACAUGGUGACCACAAAGUCAACUAAGAAAAUUCUAGUUCAACAAACAAAGCUCAUCUAGAAAUUUGAUGACAAGCUAAAGGCUAAGGGAACCAAAACUUUCAACUUCUCAUUUUAGUUUUCCCCUGAUCUACCUUCCAGUAUUUAUUUUGUGGGAGAUAAAAAUUUGAAGAUGUAUGUCCAGUAUAAGUUGUUUGCUAGAAUGGAAGAUGCAUCCGGCUAAAAGCAAAAGUAUAAUCCACUGAUUUGCAAAAGACUUGUUAUUAUUUCCUAAUAACCUGAAGAAGUUAAGUUUGACUAAUCUCAUAUGAGUCAGUACCAAUUAAAGCAUCUAUUCCUCAUCAAUGCUGGAGUUUCAAAGGCUUUAGCUUAUGUUGAAAAAGAUGCAUUUACUCCUAAAGACACAAUAAAAUUGAGACUUGAGCUAGACAACUCACAAUGUGAUUAGGAACUUAGAAAAGCUAAAGUCAGAUUUUAUAGAGAGAUUACUGCAUCAACAAGAACAAGUACUCCAUUCCUGGUCAAGGAUGUAAUUCUUAAAAGAAGAGUAAUUGGAGUGCCUCCUAAAACAUCUUAACCUAGGGAUAUAGAUUUACCUCUGGCUUAGAUAAAUUACAACUCUGAUAAAUACUUUAAACAAGCUGUUGAAAAGAAAAAGUUUUUAUAUGGCCAGUACGGUGAGUGGAUCUAUCAGCUCUAGCCCUCUGUUAAAACUUUGUAAUUCGAGUGCAAAUAUUACAUAGAGGUUUCGUUCAAGCAUAAUGGACUUAACUUUGGAAAGUCAAUACCUCCUAUUAAGAUUCCCAUACAAAUAUUUAAUUCAAAUAAUGUAGUAGGUGUCUUUAAUAACAAUAAUAACAUUCAAAGAUUUGACAGUGUUAGAAAUAUUCAAGGUAAUUUUAAUCAUCAAGCAUCAAUGACUCUACCAAGAUAAUAAUCAUUUGGGCAAGAUAACUAAUAUAUUGGCUAAAAUAACAUUGCAAUGGUGCAGUAAUAGCAGUAGCUUUUCAACUAAAUACAGUAAUAGAAUUAAAUGAGAUUUUCUUAAAGCAUGCAUGCUGGAGGCUUUAAUGCUAAUGGCUUUGGAGAUAAUAGUAAUGCUUUUGGACAGAUUAACAAUCAAAAUAAUGGCUUUGGGUAAAAUCAGCUAAUUUAAGGACAAGUCGUUGUUUUACCACCUGAUGAAAGUUAGAAUAAUUAGAUGGCUUAUGGCCACCCAGUAUUUUUAGAAAAUGAACAUAACUAAUAUGCAAAUCCAUAAGAUGAAUAGAUUCCAACUUCUUUCAAGCAACCAAAGCAAUCCAAAUGA